GACAACACUUUCUCUCCUGCAAAAUGGAAUCGACACCAGUGACGCCUUCUCGACGUUCAAAGCGCUUUCAACCGCUUGUAACUCCCGUGAAGACUGACGCCUUUGUAGACAAAUCUGUAAUUUGGACAGACCCUCCGUGUUACAUCCGUCCCACUGUAUACGAAGAUUACCAGGUUCUUCAAGAGGAUGAGGGAUGGCAACCAGAGCCAGGAAUGCAGACUGCUUUUCGCAAGUCGUUUAAGCGCACAAAGAAUACCGCGCCAGCUUCACGGAAGGGACUGAGUGCACGCAGGUCAGCUGUCCAGACUGAGACAUUUGAAGUCGGAGACACCGUGCUCGUCAAAACUCAGUCUACAAAACACCCGAGCGUUGGAGUCAUCGCCUCCAUGUGGGAGUUUCAAGGCGGGGAUGACUGGGAGGACGACAACUCACAGAUGAUGGUUAGAGUUCACUGGUUCCAACAUCCAUCGGAACUGCCUCGCAUAAGGGCAAAGAGGGAACACUUCGAGAACGAAGUGUAUUUCACUCUCGCUUCACAAGCUAUUCUUCCGCCUUCAUGUAUACUAUCGCACUGUACCAUCUCCGAAGUUCCAAAUACCGCACCCACAGCGCGCAAACGAAGCAACUGGAUCACCGCUACUCCAGAAGAGAAAACGAAUUUCUAUUGUCGUCUUGCAAUUGAGUCCCGUAGCAACAUUUACUAUGAUUUCCACUGGGCAAUUCACAAGCAACAAGCUCUGGCAAGCUCUAAUGAAGACCUUGCCAAUGGCACUUGCUGGCACGUUGCUGUAGAGACCACGCCGUCAAGACAGCGUACGAAGAAGCGAACAAAACUUCAAGACAUUGCCGAAGAAAGCGGCGACGAUUCCGUUCGCGAUCGUGACUAUGAGAACGAUGAACCUCCCUCAGAGCCCGAUGACCACCUCAUCCCCUCUGUUAUUGAUGAUGCCUCCGACAGCGAGACGCCUCUCAGCGCACCUAUCGAUGAAGUCCCCAAGACACCGUCUCGCAAGCGCAAACGCACCAUAACCACACCCAAGUCAACACCCAGCAAGAAACGUGGACCGAAACUCGCAGCGCCCACUCCGCAUUCCAAAGCGGCAUUACGAAAGCGAAGUCGAAAAGCACCAGCUGUCCGUGUUCCCCCUCCGAAUCUCACGCAGGAGCACUAUAAUCAACUGCAAAACCUUCCUCCAGAUUCGUGGCUUCGCGCCAUGCACGUCCUCCAUGUCGCCGCGCGUCCCGAUGUUCUCCCGUGCCGUGAGGAGGAAUACAGCCGCGUUCUGAGAACUGUAGAAGAACUUCUGGAGGAAGGAAGCGGAGGUUGCGUUUAUAUUUCUGGAGUACCAGGAACAGGCAAGACUGCAACAGUUCAUGCCAUUAUUCGUGAGCUCAAACGAAUGGCUGAGAAUAAUGAAACGAAUCCUUUCACAUACGUUGAAAUCAACGGACUCAGGAUCCCCGAGCCAUCUGCCGCAUAUAACCUACUUUGGGAGACCGUAUCGGGGCACGAUGUAGCGAGCGAUGGCCACCUCAAGGCCAGCGCCAAGGAAUCGCUCAAGCAGCUUACCAAACACUUCUCCGCAGGCGCACGGGCGGGUCCCGCAGGGCACGCGUGUGUUGUUCUUAUGGACGAGCUUGAUCAGCUUGUUACGGCUAAGCAGGACGUGGUGUACAACUUCUUCAACUGGCCCACGAUCGCAGGCUCAAAGCUUGUCGUGAUUGCUGUCGCAAAUACCAUGGACCUUCCAGAGCGGGUGAUGACCGGACGCGUACGCAGUCGGCUUGGCAUGAUCCGAAUCAACUUCCAGCCAUACACGACACAGCAGCUCGAGAAGAUUGUACAUGCACGUCUCAAAGACGCCAAAGAGGGCCUCGAAGAGCCGCCGGACGUGAUGAACGCCGACGGCGUCAAGUUUGCUGCAAUGAAGGUUUCAUCGAUCAGCGGAGAUGCACGCCGGGUGCUUGAUAUUUGCCGACGAGCGGUAGAACUCGUGCAUCCCAAGCGGCGCGCUGCUCGCACGGAGGACGUAAAGGAGGUCAUCAAAGUCCUACAGAACAGCCCAACCGCAGCAUACCUCCGGGACUGCAGCUUACAUGAGCGAAUCAUGCUCGCAUCCCUGCUGAGAUGUAUAAAGCGGGAGGGUGUUGAGGAGAUCAAAUGGGGCGAGAUUGAAAACCAGCAUAUCGUAUAUGUUGAGGUCCUGACUUCGGAAGGAGAUCCGUCUCGGAAGCCCACGCCCGAGGAACUGGGACUUGUUCUAGAUUCCCUGGUUGCCUCCCGCGCUAUGAUCGUCGAGGAUGGUGUGAAUGCCGUCCGCAAGCCCCCCCGGGACCGCAAGGUCAUUCUCAACUUAGAACAGACUGAGGUAGAGAGGGUGCUGAGUGAGGUAGGUGGACGGUCAUGGGCAACAGCGCUUGGUGUUGGCGCAUGAUCAAUACCAAAGAUUCCUCUGGACCUGAUAGGUUGAUAUCAACGGGCUGCAUCUGUCAUUGGCUGGGAAGAUGACAUGUAUUUCAUAUUUCAUACCCUACGCUAAGUACUUGUGUAUUUCUAUCUAGAGUUCGAUUUGGUCAACGGCAACAAGACAGCUCCAAUAUUAGGAAA